AGACCAGACAUUGUCUUUAUUGAUAAGAAGGAAAGAGAGGUUGUCAUAAUUGAUGUUGCCAUCCCAGGUGAUGACAGGGUGAAAGAUAAGGGACUUGAGAAGUUAGAGAAAUACCAACUACUUAGAGAUGAAAUUGCAAAAGUCUGGCGCAUUCGAAAAGUCAUUGUAGUGCCUGUUGUUAUUGGGGCCCUUAGAGCCGUAUCAGUCAAGUUUAAGGAGUACAUGAAGUGAAUCGGCGUGAACGUGAGGUUGGAAGUUAUCCAGAAAACAGCAUUGUUGGGGACAGCAAAGAUAAUAAGGAAAAAACUGUUCCUGUAAGAAGAAGGAAAAGAGAGAUCUGGGACCCGUGGUGACUUGUUGUAACCCGCUUCCAAGGACAAUAAACCAGGCCCAACAUCCGGCCUGAGUCUACAAGGAAUGGACAUCAUAAUAAUAAUAAUAAUAAUAAUAAUAAUAAUAAUAAUAAUAAUAAUAAUAAUAAUAAUAAUAAUAAUAAUAAUAAUAAUAAUAAUAACGAUAACGAUAACGAUAACGAUAAUUAACAGUGGUUGUAGGUGCAUUGGGUUCAGUGUCAAAGAAGCUGGCAGGCCGCUUGGAGCAACUAGGAAUUAAGAACCGAACAAGAACGAUGCAAAAGUCGGCACUCCUCGGAUCGGCACAUAUCCUCAGAAAAGUGCUGGAAGUCUGA